AUGGAGUUUAAUGAAAAUGAAAUACAUCGUACUUAUGAUCCAAAAGCUUUGAACAUGCCGGGCUACAGUCAUCUGAAUAAAGAAGUUAAUCGUCCUUUUGUAAAUAAUCCAUUAGAUUUGGAAACGGUGGAUUGCGAACUUUUCAUUGGAGAACUUAAUCGCCAACUCGCGGAUGAAUCAUUAAGUUUGGGAAUGCUGCAUAACAAAAUUCUUACUGGAGAACUGAACCAUCCACUUGUAAAUAAGCUAUUAAAAUUGGGAAUGCUGCAAUACAAACAUCUUACUGAGGAACCUAAUCGCCCACUUAUGAAUAUUUCAUUAUGUUCGGAAAUGCCGAAUCACAAAUUUAAUAAAGGAAAAUUCCCACUUGCAAAGCAUCCAUUAAAUUUGGAAAUGCCGCCCCAAAAACUUCCUGCUGGAGAACUAAGCUAUCCACUUGUGAAUAAUCAAUUAUGCUUUGGAAUGCUGGAUUACAAUACUCACAAUGGAGAACUUAAUUGUCCAAUUGUGAAUAAUUCAUUAGGUUUGGAAAUGCCAGAUUACAAUGCUAAUAAUGGAGAACUUUUUCUGGUAAAUGACCCAUCAAGUAAGAAAAAGCUGGAUUACAAAUUUGACACUGGAGAACUUAACCAUUUUCUGACAAAUAAUUCAUUAGGUUUGGGAAUGCCAGAUUAUAAUACUAAUAGUAAAAAACUUCCACCAGGCCUUGGGAUGCUGGAUUACAAAUUUCAUACUGCAGAAUUUCAUCGUCCCCUUUUAAAUGAUCCAUGUUCUUUAGAGAUGCCAAAUUAUAAACUUCAUGUUGGAGAACUUAACCAUUCCCUGGCAAAUAACCCUUUACAUUCGGGAAUAUCUGAUUACAAACAUCAUACCGAAGAACUUAAUUGUUCCCUCGUCCACAAUCCUUCAAAAAUGCUGGAUUUCAGACUUGGUGCAAGAAAAUCUAAUUAUCAAUACGUGAAUUCUUCAUUAGAUUUGGAAAUGCUCGAUUAUAAACUUCCAAAUGGAGAGCAUAAUCUUCUACUUGCAGAUGAUCCACUGAGGAUGGGGAGGCUCGAAAGCAAAUUUUUUACUAAAAAAUUUGAUUGCCAGCAAACGAAGCAGUAUGAACCAAAAAUAUUUGAAAAAUUGGUUCAGAAUAAUUUUCAUGAGAAUGGAGUUGAAGGAGAACUGAAUGAAUUUGACCAGAUUCGCAACAAUCAAAAGCCACAAAACAAGAAACGUAUUUGUUCCCCUGAACAUGAUCCAUAUCUUUUAGAAAUGUCGGAUUUCAAACUCGAUGCGAGAGAACUUGAUUGUCAACUUGUGAAUACUUCAUUAGAUUCAAGUAUGUUCGAAUACGAACUUCAGAAUGGAGAACGUCUACUUGAGGAUGAUGAUCCAUUAGGGGUGAGAAGACUCGAAAACAAAUUUUUUGCUGAAGAUCGCGAGCUGACGAAGUUAACUGAAAAGUUAAACCAAAAUGAUUUUAAUGAGAACGGAGUUGAACGAGAACUGGAUGAAUUUGACAAGAUUUUGUUGAAGCGCAAAAAUCAAAGACAGCCAGACAAGGAAGGAGAAUUUGUAUUGAAGAACCAAACCUUUCGUAAACUGGACAAAAAGUUUUAUGAAAUUUUGAUGCUUAGAAAAUGUAUCAAUUUGGUACAAAAAGAAGGAAAACGAUUAUUGCAUUGA